AAGCACUAUAAAUGGUGGUCGAUGUGACGUCGUUUUUGAGUGGCUGAAAAAUGUGGAAGGAUGUGUGUGCGAUGGUGAGCGUGGAGCUGAGCUUGUCUGUCGUCAACAUACUGCUCAAGAAGGCCAUGAACGGAGGUCUGGGCCACGUCAUCAUCGUCCUGUACCGGCAAUCCGUUGCCACCGUCUUCUUGAUCCCCUUCGCCUUCUUCCGCGAAAGGAGUAGCUGGACCAAGCUGACUGCCAGUAUGAUUUGUCAAAUAUUUAUCUGCGCUUUGUUAGGGUUGACACUCACUCAAUAUCUCUUCUUGGUGGGACUUGAUUACACAUCAGCAACAUUCACUUGUGCUUUCAUUAACUUAGUUCCAGUUGUCACAUUCCUCCUCGCAUUGCCACUUAGGAUGGAGAGGGUCGACAUAAAGAGGAGAAGUGGCAAGGCUAAGGUGGUGGGCACGGUGGUAUGCAUCAUGGGAGCCUUGUUGCUCUCGCUCUACAAGGGCGAGCUUAUCAUCAUCAGCCCCCAACAUGGUGUAGUAGGUGAUCCCCGGGUUGUUAGGGCAAAGAAGUUCGGGUUGGGUGCAGCGUUUCUUGGUGUGGGAAGUGUGGCUUGGUCGUCAUGGUUCCUUAUGCAGUCGAGGAUCGGGCAGUACUUCCCACAUCGUUACUCUAGCACGUUGAUCAUGUCGUCGUUCAGCUCAUUCCAGUCCAUGUUGCUGUGCUUGGUCACGGAGAGGGACUUUUCCAAGUGGAUUGUUCGAGGGGGGCUAGACAUAAUAGCUGUUUUGUUUAGUGGAAUCGUGGGAUCAGGGCUAUGUUAUGUGGUGAUGUCUUGGUGUGUGAAGCGACGUGGCCCGGUUUUUACCGCUGCGUUUAGCCCUUUGAUUCAGGUUUUCGCGGCUGUUUUGGAUGUUUUGGUGCUGCGUGAAGAGAUUUACCUUGGGAGCGUUUUGGGAUCGAUUGUGGUAGUCGUGGGAAUGUAUGUUUUGCUGUGGGGCAAAAGCAAAGAUGUUCAAGAAGCUCUUCCUAAGACAGUAGAUGUACCACAACACCAAGACAUUGCCAAUUAGUCACAUUUAUUUCACAAUUUAGGUAGAAUGAAUGUAUUUUCAACUAUUUGAAAUAUCUUAAUGAUAAAUUUAUCUGGAAAAUAAUAUAGGAGUAAAUGUUACUAUCAAUUGUACUGUGUAGUGUGUAAUAU